UUCUAGUCUUCUACUACUAUCACAUUCUUAGAAAAUUCUCAUAUUUGAAAUUGUGUUUUUGAUCAUUUGAAACAUGGCUGGCAAAGGUGGUAGUGGUGGUGCAAAAGGAGGUGCUGGUGGCGGCAGUGGCGGUGGUGGAAGCAAAGGGUCAACCGGUGGCAGUGGUGGCGGUGGAUCAAUGAAAGCACCGGGUGGUGGUGGAUCAUAUAUAUCUCGUGGUGCAUUUGAAAGUAACCCUCAAGGAUACUUUAGUGGCCUUCAUGCUGCGGACAAGGGCAACAAGUAG